AUGAGGGGGGUGUUGAGGUUCGGAAAGAAGGAAAAAUUAAGCCCAAGGUUCAUAGGCCCCUUCGAGAUUCUAGAAAGAGUUGGGGCUGUGGCUUACAGAAUUGCCCUGUCACCAAACCUUGCCGCCGUGCACAAUGUGUUCCACGUAUCCAUGCUGCGAAAGUACACUCCAGACCCUACUCAUGUAAUCGAGCAUGAGAUGCUUCCUCUUCGGGAAGAUCUGUCUUACGAGGAGAAGCCUAUCAGAACUUUGGCUCGAGACACUAGGCGAUUGUGCAACAAAGAUAUUCCCUUGGUAAAGGUCUCAUGGGGUAACCACCGUGAGGAAGAGGCAACCUGGGAACGAGAAGAGGACGUGAGGAGAGCUUAUCCCGAACUCUUCCAAGAGAUAUCCACUUUCGAGGACGAAAGUUCCUAA